AUGGAUGCUACACGUUAUUUCGGGUUGCUAACUAGAGGCUAUAAAAACCUCCAAGUGCAUUUAACUAGCACUCGAUCUGCAGACGGCACUUAGACGAGUCCGAGGUGUGGUGUUAAGUGAGUGGGUUUUUUUUUGCUGACGAUUUUGGAACUAGUUGAGUAAUCUCCAGCCAUGUGUGACGACGACGUAGCCGCCCUCGUGGUAGACAACGGCUCCGGCAUGUGCAAGGCCGGUUUCGCCGGUGAUGACGCCCCACGUGCUGUCUUUCCCUCCAUCGUGGGGCGACCCCGCCACCAGGGUGUGAUGGUGGGCAUGGGUCAGAAGGACUCCUACGUCGGAGACGAGGCCCAAAGCAAGCGCGGUAUUCUCACCCUUAAAUACCCCAUCGAGCACGGCAUCAUCACCAACUGGGACGACAUGGAGAAGAUCUGGCACCACACCUUCUACAACGAGCUGCGCGUGGCCCCAGAGGAGCAUCCCAUCCUCCUCACCGAGGCCCCACUCAACCCCAAAGCCAACCGCGAGAAGAUGACCCAGAUCAUGUUCGAGACUUUUAAUACACCGGCCAUGUAUGUGGCCAUCCAGGCGGUGCUCUCGUUGUACGCCUCUGGCCGUACCACCGGCAUCGUCCUGGACUCAGGCGAUGGUGUCUCCCACACAGUCCCCAUCUAUGAAGGCUACGCCCUCCCCCAUGCCAUCCUUCGCCUGGACUUGGCCGGAAGAGACUUAACAGACUAUCUCAUGAAAAUUUUAACCGAAAGAGGCUACUCUUUCACGACCACCGCCGAGCGCGAAAUUGUCAGGGACAUCAAGGAGAAGCUGUGCUAUGUUGCCCUAGACUUCGAGCAAGAAAUGGCAACUGCAGCCAACUCCACCUCUCUGGAGAAGAGCUACGAGUUGCCCGACGGUCAGGUCAUCACCAUCGGGAACGAGAGGUUCAGGUGCCCUGAGGCACUCUUCCAGCCUUCGUUCCUCGGAAUGGAAUCGUGCGGCAUCCACGAAACGGUGUACAACUCCAUCAUGAAGUGUGAUGUUGAUAUCAGGAAAGAUUUGUAUGCCAAUACUGUACUCUCUGGUGGUACCACCAUGUACCCAGGUAUUGCCGACAGGAUGCAGAAGGAGAUCACAGCCUUGGCGCCUUCGACCAUCAAAAUCAAGAUUAUCGCUCCGCCUGAAAGAAAGUACUCAGUCUGGAUCGGUGGUUCAAUUCUGGCGUCUUUGUCCACUUUCCAGCAAAUGUGGAUCUCGAAGCAAGAGUAUGAUGAGUCUGGACCUGGAAUUGUUCAUCGUAAAUGCUUCUAAAGUUAGAGUUUUAUGACUGUGGCAAGCACUGCCGGAUGAUUUCUAUUGAAUUAUAAGACUUGUGUACCUACACCUCUCCGAUAAUUAAUUUAUUCCUAAGAGUAUUGUAAUUUGUAGUUAUUUGUAUCGAUAAUUUAAUUACCUGUAAAAAUUAAUGUAGCGAAAAUGGAAAAUUAUUAUCUAAUAAAGUGUUUUUAUUAAA